AAUAUGGGGAUAAGCAGCAAAACAUUUGCACUUACUACAUUGCUGCUAUUUGCAGUAAUAAUGUUACAUGGCCUUCAAAUAACAGAGGCACAAAUUGGAGUAUGUUACGGAAAGAUUGGAAACAACUUGCCAUCCGAUCAAGAUGUUGUAAAUUUAUACAAAUCGCAGGGAAUUGCGAGGAUGAGGUUAUACAGUCCCGACCAAAGUGCUCUUGAAGCCCUUAAGGGAUCGAAUAUAGACAUCAUACUCGAUGUCCCUAGGGAUAAACUCAUAUCCCUCGGCUCUGAUCCUUCCGCUGCAAACGAUUGGGUCCAAAACAAUAUAGUCCCUUAUGCGUCCGAUGUAAAUAUUCGAUACAUUACAGUGGGUAACGAAAUUAUGCCUAAUGACGCAGAGGCGGGGUCCGUUCUCCCUGCCAUGAAAAAUAUCCAAAAUGCUCUUCAAUCCGAUAAAAUCAAAGUCUCAACAGCGAUAAGAAGUGAUCUAGUUACUGGUUUUCCACCCUCUGACGGUGCUUUUACGUCUUCGUCGUACAUGAAUCCAAUAGUCAACUUUCUUACAAGUAAUGGUUCACCUUUAUUAGCCAAUAUUUACCCUUACUUUUCUUACCUUGGUUCCCCAACCAUGCAAUUAAACUAUGCACUUUUUACAUCAACUAAUGCACAAGUUACGGAUCAAAAUAAUGGACUACAAUACCAAAAUGUGUUUGAUGCUUUAGUAGACACAGUUUACGCUGCUCUAGCUAAGGCUGGUGCUCCGGACACACCUAUUGUUGUGGCCGAGAGUGGCUGGCCUUCCGAUGGUGAUAGUGAGGCGACCAUCGAAAACGCAGGGACUUACUAUAGUAACUUGAUUGGUCAUGUCAAGCAAGGAACUCCAUUGAAGCAAGGACAAGCAAUUGAGACUUAUUUGUUUGCUAUGUUUGAUGAGAAUCAAAAGACCGGUGCUCCAGCUGAGAACCAUUUUGGACUUUUUACUCCUGAUCAAACCCCCAAAUACCAACUUAAUUUCAACAAUUGAAAUUUAUUGGCAAGAUUUGCCGUAUUACAUCCCUCUUUAUGACAUAAUUAUAAAUUCUAUAAGUAGGAUACAUAAAAUAUACUGAUGAUAAUAAUAUUGUAUAAUGUAUUAAUAUAGAGUAUUAUAUAUACUUCUAUUUAGUGGAAAUUGAAAUAAAUUAGUGAAAUGAGCAUAUUAGCAUGGCCUUGAUCAAUAUCAGUUACUUAUGAUACGGCUUAGCU